CAAAAUGGCCUACAGACAAACAAAUGGUGUACACAGGAGUAUGAAUGAUGCUGCAAACAUGAAUGGAUCAGGGAUGAAUGGAGCAACAGAUAAUGAUCAAAUGGCAGCUAGUCAGCCCAUGGGAUUGAGGGGUAUAGACCCAGAAUCUCUUAAAUCCCGACUCAUCUCCUUUGCUCCACAGCAAGCGGCAGUGAAUACAAAGGCUCUUCGAUUCAAUAGAGUCACACAAACCCAAAUGAGGAAAAGUUUUGCUCCCAUUGGACCAAAAUUGGAACCUGUGCCAAGUUUACAAAAAUACCAAGAGAGAAAUCAUCCAACUUACAUUCAGAAUCAGAAUAGAAUAAGGUUGGAGUCCCAGGGAAUGUUCAAGAAGGAUGAACCUACAGCCAAGAAGAUGAAAAGGGCUGGUUCUGUAGAACCAAUGGACAAAUCCGAGUCCCCCCUCCCAGAAUUACCUGGUGACCUCCAACAAAAACAGGAUUCCAUGGUUUUACGAGUGCCUACACCCCCAUCAGAGCCCAAGCCUAUCUCACCUCGGGGUAAAGCACACACAUCUGGUCCCAAAAUGCCAGCAUCAACAAAAGCCAAAAUUGCUGAGACCCAUGAAGGGCUGAAUGAUGCUGAUGAAAUCAUCAGACUGAUAAAGGAAGACAAGAGAAUCGGAUUCUUAUAUCUGAGUCCAAAUGUACCGAAAUCCUCAGUCAAAUAUCACUAUUACAAUCUCAGGGUGGUGAACCACCAAAACAUCAACCACACAGACUACUGUACGAUCAGCCAGGAGGGCGUGACGAGAAUGCGUAAUGAUGACGAGACAGAGUUUGUGACCCUGGAUCGCUGGGAACAGGAGUACAACUACUUCAAAAAAAUUAUCAAGAUCAAGACUUUUGCACUGUUUAGAAAAUGGAAGGCAUUUAAUGUCUGGAGGAAGAAUGUCAGAACAAAGAAGAUAACAGAGUGUACCAAAGCACUCAAUGAAAAUCUGUUUAUUGUUAACCCGUCUUUGAGACCUGCCCUGCUUAACGUACGUGAGAUGUGUCAUCGUAUCAGUGAUAUGGGUCUGUGUAAGGUGGAGAAGGGGAACACGUACGCCCUGUCACAGUUCCGGGAGGCCCAAUUUACACAGCUUACAGAGGUUGCAGGCAGAUUGUCGGAGUUCCGGGACUUGGUUAAGGAGGUGGUCCGUUCCGCCUGUAGAACCGCCCUCCUGGAGGCGGGCUUCACUCCUGACGAUUAUUACAUGGCAGAUGAUGGCGCCAACAGCCCAGGACUUGGUGACAUGGCCCCUGGUACCUCCUCCAGCUACAUGAUGCCUAGUAACUAUGAUAUGGAUAUAUAUGGUGAGGCCCCAGACAGGAUGACAUACACAGAGCAGGCCAACAAGAGGGCACACUGCAAGCGCCUCACGUGCUUCAUCCGAUUGGCUGAUUACCUGAUUGUGAACACAAUGCAUGUUCUGGCUGUGAACUCCGUGUCCACUCUCCUGAACUACCUAUCUGAACAACUCCAGAGCACGCCCACUCUUGAACAAAUCCAGGCAUUCGCAGAAGAGGCCAAGCAGGCUGCCGACGAACUCAAGGAAGAUCCAGAGACGAGAGAAGAGAAAAAAGCCGAAAAAGCGCGACAAGAAAAAGAGAAAGCCGAAAAGGGAAAACAUGAGGAACAGGAGGAUGAGGAAGGGCACCAGUUGCCUCCCUUGUUCAUCACAGAGUUUGUCCUGGAGCCCAAUCAGCUCUUAUUUGCGCCGGACUCGGACGACUUCCAGGAGGGACUGGCUGAGGUCAUCAAGAAGUUCCAGGAUGCUGUGUUGUCGGUUCAGAACCUGGUACCAGACAAUUACUUUGAUGCUUUCACACACCCGAUCAUCAACAACAAAUUUGAGGAGAAGACGUGUGGUGACGGUCCUAGUCUAAGUACCAUGUUUGAAGAUGACAAGCACCUACAGAGCAUCAUAGCAGACAUCAGGAACUCCAUUACUGCGGCUUUCAAUGCUGCCUCUAACUAUGCUGACACAUUUGAGCCUCACCGAGAAUUCUACAGAGAGAACGAGAGUCUGGAUCUGGAGGCACUCCGAGCACAAGAGCAUGAUGUGGCCUUUUUUACUGAGGCUCUAGAGAAGUACAAUGGACAGGUGAGAAUGGCCCAGGUCAUCAAGGAGAAACGACCAAUUGGAAUGCUCCUCAUAGACGGAACUAAGAUGAAGAGUCUGCUGUGUCCCUCACCCAUACGAUGUCUGGAUGUCAUUAAUGAUCUACUACCAGUGAAGGCCAGAAAGGAAGUGGACAGACUCAUUGCUGAGUUACAGGACGCUCAGUUCAAACUUGAGGUCGUACCUACCACCACCAUUGAGUUUGUCAACUCGCUCACGUUCCUGGAUGACAUUCAAGUCAGGAUUGAUCCUUUGGAGAAGGAGGCAAUGGUUGUGAAGGAUAUGUAUGAAUUAAUUGAGCAGUAUAAUGUACCUACACCACCAGAGGAUUUUGCUGUAUACCAGACAUUGAACCCCAGCAUCACAGGUGUUAGAAAUGCCAUAGAUAAGUCACUAACAGAGAGAGAUGCCAACAUUGACAAGUUCUGUACUCACCUUGACAAGGACAUAGCCGAGCUCGGCAAAGAGGUCAAAGAAAUCAAACAGGAGGCUCAGAACCCAUUGAUUCUGGAUUCCACCGCAGAGAAAGAUAAGGUACAGGGCAUUCUGAAGAGAAUGCUGAACCAGAUAGAGGGUCUACAGAAACAAGCCUUCACGUACAAGUCGUACCAGAAGAACUUCAAGGUCGAGGUCACAAAGUACGAUGCUCUGGAGGAAGUCCAUGCUGAACUGAAGCUGAAGGAGCUGUUGUGGACGGCCAUUGAUGAGUGGGAUGGCCAUAUUAAUGAAUGGAUGAAUGUUCCAUUUGAGACCCUUGACCCAGAGCAGAUGAACAACACAACCAUGAAGUUUGCCAAGUCUGUGAUGCAGCUGGAAAAAGGACUGCCCCCUAAUGGGGUUGUCCCCAUGCUGAAGGAAAGAGUGGAAACAAUGAGAGACAGGUUGCCAGUAAUCACAGAUUUAAGGAACCCUACCCUGAAGCCCCGUCACUGGGAGGUGAUAGAACAGAUCCUGGAUUACCACUUCACCCCAGAGGACCCCCUCACCCUGGGGAAACUUGUGGAAAUCAAUGCCUUCCGCAGUGGAGAGGCCUUACAGGAAAUCUCAGGCCAGGCCAGCUCAGAGGCCAGUCUGGAGGCCAUCCUCAAAAAAGUGGAGGAUUCCUGGAAAGCCACAGAGUUCAUGGUUCUGCCACACAAAGAUUCCAAGGAUGUUUUUAUCCUUGGUGGCACGGACGAUAUUCAGCAACUUCUGGAUGACAGCAACAUCAAUGUAGCAACCAUCGCUAGCUCUAGACAUGUCGGCCCAAUCAAGAGCAAGGUUGACGAAUGGACCAGAAACCUGGAUCUGUUUGGAAAAACCCUGGAUGAGUGGUUGAACUGCCAGCGUAACUGGUUGUACUUGGAGAGUAUUUUCUCUGCCCCUGACAUUCAGCGUCAGCUGCCAGCGGAGGCCAGAAUGUUCAUGCAGGUGGACAAAUCCUACAAAGAUAUCAUGAGGAAGGUCAACAGGGUACCACUGGCCAUAAGAGCUGCCACUCAACCUGGUUUGCUGGAGACUUUCCAGAACAACAAUGCCUUGUUGGACCAGAUCCAGAAAUGUCUAGAAGCCUAUCUGGAGUCCAAGAGAGUUCUGUUUGCCAGAUUUUACUUCUUGUCUAAUGACGAGCUCCUUGAAAUCCUGGCUCAAACCAGGAACCCCCUGGCUGUACAACCACAUCUCAGGAAGUGCUUUGACGCCAUCGCUAAACUCGAGUUUGGAGUUUUACCAUCUCAAGACCCAGAUGAGGAAGUACAGUACAGUAAUGAUAUCCUGGCCAUGGUUUCUCCAGAAAAUGAAGUCGUCAGCUUAGGAAGGGGUUUGAAAGCCAGAGGAAAUGUGGAAGACUGGUUAGGAAAAGUAGAAGAGGCCAUGUUUGUUAACCUCCGUAAGCUUGUAAAGGCGGCUUUGGUAGAUUUUGAACAGAGACCGCGAGCUGAGUGGGUGGUGACUCACGCCUCUCAGAUCGUCCUGACUGUGUCACAGAUCAUCUGGUGCCGAAAUGUGACAGAAAUUCUGGAGGGUGACAUGGACAGACUAGAGGGCAUGAGAGAAUUUGAACAGAAAAAUUUCAAGGAUUUGAAUGAAUUGGCUGCCAUUGUACGUGGGGAAAUCCCCAAACUCGCUCGAGCAAACCUCUGUGCUCUGAUCACACUUGACGUCCAUGCUCGAGACAUGAUCACUGGUAUGGUGGCUUCUAAGGUAGACACUGUAACUAACUUUGAGUGGCAGAAACAACUGAGAUAUUACUGGGAUCUCGAGAUGGACAACUGUGUGGUCAGGAUGUCAAACUCGCUGUAUGUGUACGGAUACGAGUAUCUCGGGGCAUCACCGAGAUUGGUCAUCACCCCAUUGACUGAUCGUUGUUACCUAUGCCUUAUGGGAGCCCUACAGCUGGAUCUUGGAGGUGCCCCAGCCGGCCCUGCAGGGACAGGAAAAACAGAAACCACCAAAGAUCUGGCCAAGUCCCUCGCCAAGCAGUGUGUGGUCUUCAACUGCUCUGAUGGUCUGGAUUACAAGAUGAUGGGUCGGUUCUUCUCUGGUCUGGCUCAGUCUGGUGCCUGGUGUUGCUUUGACGAAUUUAAUCGAAUUGACAUUGAAGUCUUGUCUGUGAUUGCCCAGCAGCUGAUCACAAUCAGAAAUGCCAAGAGUGCCAAAGUGUCAAGGUUCAUGUUUGAGGGACGUGAAAUCAAGCUGGUGAUGACCUGCGCUGCCUUUAUCACAAUGAAUCCAGGGUAUGCCGGGAGAACUGAACUGCCUGAUAACCUGAAGGCCUUAUUCAGACCUAUCUCCAUGAUGGUCCCAGAUUAUGCCUUGAUUGCAGAAGUGAUCUUGUACUCGGAGGGAUUCGAGUCCUCCAAGAACUUGGCCAAGAAGAUGGUACAGAUGUAUAAACUCUGUAGUGAACAGCUUUCCCAGCAGGACCACUACGACUUUGGUAUGAGGGCUGUCAAGUCUGUGCUGGUGAUGGCUGGAGCUCUGAAGAGACAGAACCCCGACAAGAACGAGGACGUGGUCCUGAUUCGUGCACUCAGGGACAGUAACCUCCCAAAGUUCCUCAAACAAGAUGCCUCUCUGUUUCAGGCCAUCCUACAAGAUUUAUUCCCAGGGGUUGAAAUCCCAGAACACGAUUACGGAAGAUUGGAGGAAGAAAUCAAGAAUGUUGUAGUGACCCGUAAACUUCAAGUCGUACAGACACAGGUCAAGAAGGUCAUUCAGUUCUAUGAGACAAUGGAAGUCCGACAUGGAGUUAUGUUGGUGGGGCCCACAGGAGGGGGCAAAACCACAGUGUACAAUGUACUGAAGGAUACGCUGACCAAUCUCCAUGCUGCUGGGGAGAAGAACCCCUUCUAUCAGCCCUGUCACACCCACGUCCUCAACCCUAAGUCCAUCACUAUGGAGGAGUUGUAUGGGGGGAUCAAUAAACUGACCCUGGAGUGGUCUGAUGGACUCAUGGCUAUGACUGUCAGAGCCUGUGUGCAGGAUACCUCAAUGGACCACCACUGGGUGGUAUGUGAUGGCCCUGUGGAUGCCCUGUGGAUUGAGAACAUGAACACAGUGCUGGAUGAUAACAAGAUGUUGUGUCUGGCCAACAGUGAAAGAAUCAAGUUCACCCCCUAUAUCCACAUGUUGUUUGAGGUCCAGGACUUAGCAGUCGCCUCCCCUGCCACAGUCAGCAGAUGUGGUAUGGUAUUUGUGGACCCAGAGGAACUGAAAUGGCUUCCCUUCACCCAGACCUGGAUAAACGGAUAUGCUGACAAAGUGAAGGAUGAAAUCCGAGAGUACAUUUUGGAUUUGUUUGUCAGAUAUGUGGAUGAUGGUUUGACAUUUGUCCGCAAGAAGUGUCAACAAAGCAUCAACCAGGUUGAUGUCAGCAAAGUUAUCUCCCUUUGCCGUCUGUUGGAAUCUCUGCUGUUCCGUCGUGGCGGUCCGGAUUUGAACCAGGAUCCCAACAAACUGAACCCGCUACUGUGUACGACGUUUGUCUUCUGUUACCUGUGGUGUAUUGGUGGCAACAUCACAGAGAAUUACUGGGAUGCUUUUGAUACAUUUGUCAGACAACAGUUUGAGGAAAAUGGAGACGCCAAGCUUCCCAAUGCUGGAGACCUUUGGAGCUGUUACAUGGACUUUGAAACCCGCCGCAUGGACUUAUGGGAGAAGAUCGUCCCUCCCUUCAAAUACGACAGAGAGGUGCCAUUCUUUGAAAUGUUGGUGCCAACUAUCGAUACCGUCAGAUUUGGUUACCUGCUGGAGAAGUUCCUGUCUGUUAAACACUCUGUAUUGUACACUGGAGGUACUGGUGUUGGAAAGUCUGUGAUUGCAAGAGGACUUCUGAAUGGCAUCGCUGAGAAGGCCAGCUACGUUCCUCAGUUCAUUAACUUCUCCGCUCAAACAAGCAGCAAGAGAACCCAAGAAAUGAUUGAAGGAAAACUCGAAAAAAGGAGAAAGAACAUUAUUGGUGCCCCAGUCGGCAAACGUGUGAUAAUCUUUGUGGAUGAUUUGAACAUGCCUAAACUUGACACAUAUGGCUCUCAGCCACCCAUUGAGUUACUGAGGCAGUACCAGGACUUUGGAGGAAUGUACGACAGAGAGAAAUUAUUCUGGAAGGAAAUACAGGACGUGACAUUAUCCGCUGCUUGUGCGCCCCCUGGUGGAGGAAGGAAUCCUGUCUCUCCAAGAUUUUUCCGUCAUUUUGCCAUGUUAUCAAUUCCCCCACCCACUGAGCACAGUCUUAAACACAUGUUUAUGCAAAUCCUGGCUGGAUUUUUAAUGGACUUCCCUACAUCAGUACGUCAGUCGACCGAGUCGAUCGUUCAGGCUGCCGUGGAGAUAUAUGGCCGAAUGUCUACUGAUCUCCUACCCACCCCGGCUAAAUCUCACUACGUCUUCAACCUUAGAGAUCUCUCAAAAUGUGUCCAAGGUUUGCUCCAGGCAGACACGGGAGUUAUUCGAGAUGCUAAGCAAAUCUUCCGUCUCUUUUGUCACGAGGCCAUGAGAGUAUUCCAUGAUCGUUUGAUCAACAAUGAAGACAAGAAAUACUUCCACACCAUGCUCUCUGAGAUGGCAAGCAAACACUUUGGAGAGAAUGUGGAGCCUGAGAGUUUUACUACACAUCCUAUAAUAUUUGGAGACUUCAUCAAAAUUGGCGCUGAAAAAGCCGACAGAAUUUAUGAAGAACUCAAUGAUCUGAAGAAACUUACUAAUGUAUUACAAGAUUAUCUGGAUGAUUACAAUAUGAACUCGUCCAAAGAAAUGAAGCUGGUAUUUUUCAUGGACGCCAUUGAGCAUGUGUCGCGUAUUGCUCGUAUGAUUCGACAGGAUCGUGGUAACGCCCUCCUAGUGGGAGUGGGUGGUACUGGUAAACAAUCACUGACAAGAUUGGCAUCACAUAUCUGUAACUACAAAUGUGUCCAGAUUGAGUUGAGUAGAGGUUAUGGCUAUGCUGAGUUCCAUGAGGAUCUAAAGAAACUUUACAACUAUGCGGGAGUACAGAACACACACACGACAUUCUUAUUUACCGACACACAGAUUGUUGUGGAGGAAUUCUUAGAGGAUAUAAAUAACAUUCUGAACUCUGGUGAGGUGCCUAACUUGUUUGAACCUGACGAGUAUGAACAGCUGAUUAUCGGAUGUAGGCCGGGGGCCAAAGAGGCGGGUAUUGCUGAGGGUAACAGGGACGCCAUCUAUGAUUUCUGUAUAAACAGAGUCAGGAACAACCUCCAUAUUGUCCUGUGUAUGAGCCCUGUGGGUAGCUCCUUUAGGACGCGCUGUCGUAUGUUUCCCUCCCUCGUUAAUUGCUGUACCAUUGAUUGGUUCACGGAGUGGCCCAGGGAGGCCUUGUUGAGUGUCUCAACUUCAUUCUUUGAAAACGUCGAACUGGGAGAGGAAACACUAAAGCAAAAGAUAGCAGAGAUGUGUGUGGAGAUCCAUAUGAGUGUGAGUGAUAUGGCUGAGCGUUUCUACUCGGAACUAAAGCGACGUUAUUAUACCACCCCCACCAGCUAUCUGGAGCUCAUCAGAAUCUAUCUCUCCAUGCUGCAGGAGAAAACAAAGCAACUGAAGAUGGCCCGUGAUCGUGUUGACAAUGGGUUGAAAAAGAUUCUGGAGACAAACGAGCUUGUGGACAAGAUGAAGAAAGAGUUGAUUGCUCUGGAACCCGAACUGAAAAAGAAAUCUGAGGACACAAACAAUUUAAUGGAGAGACUUGUGGUGGAUCAAGAGGCUGCUGACAAGGUCAGAAAAGUAGUAGUGGAAGAUGAAGCAGUGGCUAAGGUCAAGGCAGAGGAAACUCAGGCUAUCGCCGACGAUGCCCAGCGUGACCUUGACCAGGCCCUGCCUGCCUUGGAGGCCGCUGUCAAGGCCCUGGAUGCCUUGGAUAAGAAUGAUAUUUCUGAGAUCCGUGUAUUUGCUAAACCUCCAGAGAUGGUACAAACUGUCAUGGAAGCUGUGUGUAUUCUGAUGGGUUCAAAGACAGACUGGUCAUCAGCUAAGGUCCUCCUUGGAGAUUCUAACUUCUUGAAGAACCUUCAGACCUACGACAAGGACAGCAUCCCUGACAGAAUGCUGAAACAACUCAAAAAGUACAUAGAAAACCCCAACUUUGUCCCCGACAAAGUAGAAAAAGUCUCAAAGGCCUGUAAAUCAAUGUGUAUGUGGGUCCUGGCAAUGGAUACGUAUGCACAAGUUUAUCGACUUGUCCAACCUAAAAAAGAGAAGUUGGCAGAGGCCCAGAAGGAGUUAGAUGGAGUAAUGAAGAUGUUGAAGGAGAAACAGGACCAGCUGGCAGAAGUCGAGGCAAAGAUUGCCGAACUUCAGGCGACGUAUGACAACAGUGUCAGAGAAAAACAGAAGCUGGAGAGGAAUAUCGCCACGACCGCCGCACGACUCAAACGUGCCGCUAAACUGACAACAGCCCUUGGUGACGAACAGAUUCGCUGGGCCGAAACAGUAAAGGACUUCAACAAGCAGAUAGGCAAUGUCGUGGGAGAUGUAUUUGUGUCCACAGCCUGCGUUGCUUACUACGGAGCCUUCACCAGCAACUACAGACAUGAACUCGUUGAACAAUGGACCAAUCGCUGCAUAGAACUAGAAAUCCCCGUCACACCAGGAAUGACCAUCGUGUCAGUUUUAGCCGAUCCCUUUGAGAUUCGACAGUGGAAUUCUGAUGGACUUCCUAAAGAUCAGCUGUCCACAGAGAAUGCAAUUCUCGUAACCAGAGGGCGUCGCUGGCCAUUGAUGAUUGACCCUCAAGAGCAGGCUAACAGAUGGAUCAGAAAUAAGGAAGCUAAGAACGGCCUGAAGAUCAUUAAGCUGACAGAUGGUAACUUCCUGCGUACCCUGGAGAACUGUAUCCGUAUUGGAAUGCCCGUCCUGUGUGAGGACAUCGGGGAAUCCCUGGACCCUGCCCUGGAGCCUGUGCUCCUUAAACAGACCUUCAUGUCUGGAGGUCGUCUGCUGAUCCGAUUAGGAGAUAGCGAUAUUGACUACGAUCGUAACUUCCGAUUCUUUAUGACGUCUAAGAUGGCCAACCCCCACUACCUGCCGGAAGUCUGUAUCAAGGUCACCAUUAUCAACUUCACUGUCACUCUGUCUGGUCUGGAAGAUCAGCUGCUCAGUGAUGUGGUAGGCUUAGAGAGACCCGAUCUUGAGGAACAGAGGAACCAGUUAAUCGUGAAGAUCAAUUCCGAUAAGAACCAGCUAAACGCUAUUGAGGACAGGAUCCUGAAGCUGCUGUUUGAGUCACAGGGAAAUAUUCUCGAUAAUGAGGAGCUUAUUAACAUUCUUAACGAAUCCAAGGUAACAUCAGGAGUAAUCAAACAGAGGCUGAAUGAAGCCGAAAUAACUGAGGAGAAAAUUAAUACAGCUCGAGAAAAGUAUCGCUCAGUGGCCACGCGUGGUUCUGUCCUGUACUUUGUGGUGGCCAGUAUGGGAGAGGUGGACCCCAUGUACCAGUUCUCACUCAAGUAUUUCAAACAGCUGUUUAAUGCCACCAUUGAGACGUCAGAGAAGAGUGACCAACUAGCCGAGAGAUUAGCAAUCUGUCUAAGGGAGACAACCAUGACAAUCUAUAACAAUGUAGCCAGAGGAUUAUUUGAGAAAGAUAAACUUGUCUUCUCCUUCAUGAUGUGUAUCGAGAUCAUGAAACAGGAAGAGAAGAUAACUCCUGCUGAGUGGAACUUCUUUCUCCGCGGCGCAGCGGGAAUGGACAAAGAGCGACCAGGCAUGCCCACUGCUCCCUUCCUGAAUAACGUCAAAGUCUGGAAUAAUGCUUUUGAUCUCAAUGAGAUUUUCCCAAUAUUUAAGGGAAUUCAUAAGGACCUCACAAAGACACCCGUGUUCAUUAAACUGGGAUCUCUUGAGGUACGAGCUAACCCUGAAACUUAUGAAGAUUAUGAGGCUCUUCCUGCCGAGCCUCAGGGGGUACCUGGAGCAAUGGAGGACAUGGAAUCAGACAAAACUAAGGGUCACUGGGAAAUGAGGCUGACCAGCUUCCAGAAACUCAUGUUCAUCAAAGUCUUCAAAACAGAGAAGACAAUCUUUGCUGUGACGGAGUUUGUGAGUGAGAACCUGGGUAAGAAGUUCGUGGAGAGUCCCCCCGUCGGCCUUCAGACCCUCUACGACGACAUGAACAAUAUCACCCCCCUUGUGUUUGUACUCAGCACCGGGUCAGAUCCUAUGGGGGCAUUCCUCAGGUUUGCCAGAGACAAAGGAUAUACAGACAAAGUACAGUCCAUCUCUCUGGGUCAAGGUCAAGGUCCAGUUGCCGAGAAACUAAUCCACGCUGCCGUAAAAACGGGUGACUGGGUGUUCCUUCAGAAUUGCCACUUAGCAGCAUCUUGGAUGUUGGCCAUGGAAAACACAGUUAAAGGCAUGUCCGAAAAACCAGACGAAAUUCACGAGGACUUCCGUCUUUUCCUCAGUUCCAUGCCUGCCAGACACUUUCCCGUUAGUGUCCUUCAGAACAGUGUCAAGGUCACCAAUGAACCACCAAAGGGCAUCCGUGCCAACAUGAGGAGAGCUUUUGCUGAAAUUACACCUCAGUUCUUUGAAGAGCAUGUGCUUGGAUCCAAGUGGAAGAGGAUGAUUUUCGGUGUCUGUUUCUUCCACGCUGUUAUUCUGGAGAGGAAGAAGUUUGGUCCUCUGGGUUGGAACAUCAGGUAUGAGUUCAGUGACAGUGAUCGUGAGUGUGCUCAGUUGAAUUGUCAGAUGUUCUGUGCAGAAGGAGUCAUUCCAUGGGAUGCCCUUAUCUACAUCACAGGCAUGAUUACCUAUGGAGGUCGUGUGACGGAUGCUAUUGAUCAGAGAUGUCUGGAGACCAUCCUAAAGACUUUCUUUUACCCCAACACCCUGGAGGAGGGUUACAAGUACUCACCUUCAGGUAUAUACUAUGCCCCUGACUACCCUACACUACAGGAAUACAGAGAUUAUAUAGAGACUCUACCUAUUAAUGACGAACCCGAGAUAUUUGGCAUGCAUGAAAAUGCUAACAUUGCAUUCCAGGCAGAGGAGACUAACCACCUGAUCCAGACCAUUCUGGAUGUCCAACCCCGUCAGUCUAGUGGUGGUACUGGAAAAUCCAACGAUGAGAUUGUGUACGAGUUAGCGGAGAGCAUUCUGGGUAAACUGAUGGAUAAACUCGACAUUGAGCAGGCCAAUCAGGAAAUGUUUGAGCCAGACGAGAAAGGUCGACUGAAUUCACUGACCACUGUACUGACUCAAGAAGUGGACAGAUUUAACAAGCUCCUUAAGGUCAUCAAGAACUCUCUUGAUCAGCUGAAGAAGGCCAUCAAAGGUUUUGUUGUGAUGAGUGAUGAGUUAGAACUUGUCUACCAAGCCUUCAUCAACAGUCAGGUUCCCAGCCUGUGGGCUAACGCUGCCUACCCCUCCCUGAAGCCCCUGGGUAGCUGGGUCAAUGACCUCAUUUACAGAUGUGCCUUCAUUGAUAACUGGGUCAGGCACGGACAGCCCAAAUCUUUCUGGAUGUCUGGGUUCUUCUUCCCUCAAGGGUUCUUGACUGGUACCCUCCAGAAUUAUGCCAGGAAGUACAACCUUCCCAUUGAUCACCUUACCUUCCAUUUCCACCCUCUCCCUCAUUUCCGCGAUCAGAAAGAGGUCACAGCUCAGAUGGCGGAACUCAAAUUUGGGGAGGAGAUUGAACUGGACAAAGAACUGCCCACUCCUCAAGAUGGUGUCCUGGUCCAUGGAAUGUUUAUGGAUGGAUUCCGCUGGGAUGAGAAGGAAAUGGUGGUCACAGACUCCAUUAAAGGCAUAAUGAACUCAGCACUGUGUAUGUUCCACAUGGAGCCUAAGAUGGACUUUGUUCCUGAUGAGGCAGACUAUAUUGCCCCACUGUACAAAACCUCAGCCAGGGCUGGAGUCCUGUCCACAACAGGGCAUUCCACUAACUUUGUGGUGUUUGUUCAUCUGCCUUCUAAGCAGCCUCAAGACUACUGGAUAUCUAAAGGUGCUGCCCUCUUGUGUCAACUGAAUGAUUAAAAGGCAGACAACUCUAAAGCAUUUAAAUGGAUUUUUUGUUGGUUAGAAUACAUUGCACAAAGGAUGUGAAAGUUAAAUUUUUUUACAUAGAGAUUUCACUAAUAUUCCGUCCUUAUAUUUAGAGACUUUAUUUAUAUGUUAUAUGAACUGUGAUAAUUUUACAAGUAUUUGUGUGCAUUUUGAUUUUAAUUCUAUUAGAAUAAUGAUGUAUUUUUGUAUAUACCGGGUAUAUAUAUUUAUAUAUUUUUGUUGACUUAAAAGAUGUUUUUUCUGAUAAGUGCAAGUUGCUUGUUGAGGGCCUUAAUUUAGUCUCUUUUUUUCUCUAAAAUAAUUUGAUUAUUUACACUUUGUUUAUUAUCCAACUGUGAUUCGGGUGUGCCUUUUGUUUUGUUUUUUUUAUCUGUCUGUAUUACAGUUCAUCAAUAUCUUUUACAUUUCAUGAAUAUGAACCUUCUAGUUUUGCUGUGAAUUUCACAUUAAAAAAAUCCUUGUUUCUUAGGUAAUUGAGUUAUUUAUUUAAUGUUCUUUUAAAAAUUAUUCAAAACAUUGGAUGU